GAGACCGAGCGGGAGCUUUGUCGAGGCCGACCGCGUGAGCUUUGUCGAGACCGAGCGGGAGCUUUGUCGAGGCCGAGUGGAAGCGGGAGCUUUGUCGAGGCCGAGUGGAAGCGGGAGCUUUGUCGAGGCCGACCGUGUGAACUUUGUCGAGACCGAGCGGGAGCUUUGUCGAGGCCGAAUGGAAGCUUCGUCGAGACUCAUAGUAACAAGUAGCGACAACGACACCUUCAGCAAAUUUUGGCGGCGUUGUCACUUCAGUCCAGAUUUUGAAAGCAAGUUGGACGAUAAGAUUGACUCUCUUGAGAAGUUGGUGACACAAUUGACUACCAACCGGAGAUCUACAUCUCCAUCUGCGUCUGUUGCACGACUAUGCGCUAUUUGUCCUUCCAGUAACCACUAUACAGAUGCAUGUCCUUCUUUGCAGCACCCUGUUGCCUCUGAUGCGCCUCAAGCUUAUUCUACGAACAUCUACAACAGGCAACAAAAACAGCAACAACAGCAGAUGCAAUUUUAUGAUGCUCCCUUUCAAAUAACUCCUCAACCUUCAACUUCUGAACCUACAUUGAAGGAGUUAUUAGAGCAGAUGACCAUGCAGAAUCUCAAGUUCAAGCAAGAGAGCAUGAAGAUCCAGCAGGAAACUCAAGCUGCCAUGCAGAAUCUGAGUAAUCAGAUCAGGCAGAUGGCCACUCUUGCACCUGAGGAGAAUGCUGAAGUUUUUGAGGACCAGGCAAGAAUAAGCAGUACUAUGGAGCCAGGUAGACCAUUUUUAUCUUCCACCGUGGAGGUAAAUGUACCUCAACUUGAAUGUGCAGUUGAUGAAUUGGAAAUUCAUGAGAAAAUUUCUACUGAGCAAAAACAUGUUUAUUCUGAAACUGAUAUAGAUUUGAUUGACAAUUCUGAAGUUUUUGAUUCAGUAUUAGUUUCUGAAACCAUUGAUAUAAAUGUUGUGUUGAAUGAACAUGAUUACAGUGAUGAAAUUUCCAUUGAUAAUAGCUUUGAACUGAAUGUGGAUUUUGUUGAUAAUGCAUAUGUCAAUAUUGAUUUUGAGACAGGAAUUUUGCAAUCGCACAACAUGAUAGAGUUAGAACAAAAUUUCGAUCUGACUCAGUUUUCUGAGAAUUGUGAAUGUGAUUGUGAAUCUGGUUCUUGCCCGAUUUGUAUUGAAAUUGAUUAUGUGUUACAAACAGAUUCUGAAUUCAUAACAGAUGUUAUUGAUUAUGAGUUUGAUGACAAUGUUACAAAAGUAAAUGAGAAUACAGGUAUUACUCCGGUGUCUCAGACUCAACAACUGCUAGUGGACAGAAGGCUCCUGAUUUUAUUGAUUCAACAACUUGCUCGGAGGAGAAGCAAGAAAAGUCUUGAUUUGAAUGAGAGGGCAGUACUGGGCGAGCUGCUCCUGAAGACAUCUUCGCCGGAUCCUGAGGUGGAAGAUAUAUCAUUGAUGGUCCAGAAUUGGCAACUGCCACCAUGAUCAGGGAGCACUCUUUCUCCUCAUUAUGUACAUAUUAUUUAGCUUUUCUAGUGUGUUUUCAUGGUUGCAUUUAUUUCAUUUUAAAUUUUAUUUUUUUUAAAUUGUGCGCAUGAAUUAAAUUUAAAAAAAAAAACUUUGUGAUAAAAUUUUUUGUUUAAAAGCGUGCCAAAUAUGUAUUCUGAUAUGUAUAUUUAUUUCUUAGUUUUCAAAUUGUUAUCUUUAAAAAAAAAAAAUCAAAAAUUCAAAAAAAUUGUUUUGCGUGUUCCAUGAUUUUAUUUCGACCUUCUGUUUCUUUUUAUUUCAUACCAAUAAAAAUUUUCACUUCUGAUCUUAAUUUUCCUUAUUUUCCUUCACUGUAAAUAAAUUUCUUAGUUAUUUCAUACUCAGUAUUGUUUGAAAAUUUGUUUAGACUAAGAAAGAUUUCAUUCAUCAUUGCAAAAAAAAUUACAGUAAUUGAGAAAAGGAAAUUUAUCAGAUCUGAAAAUAAAUUUGCAGUAGAUAUUUGUGAAAAUAAAGUUGUUCGAUCAUUUCUGAUCGUUAAUAUUACAGACCAAAAAAAAAAAAAAAACAUAAAAACAUAAAAACAUAAAAAAAAAAAAAAUAAUUAAGUGUUCAUAUUACAACCCUUUUUCUGGCCACACUUGGCCAAUAAAAACAUAAAAAAAAAAAAAACAAAAAUAACAUAAAACAUUAAAAUCGAAAGAACUCUCGAGCUGGUUGUGGUGGUCUAAGGGAGAGCUCCGUUGAGGGAGCUCUGGUACGAAAAGUCACGAGCGGAGGCGGAGGAAUCUCUGUUUCUGGAUCGAUUAUGAUAGGAAUGGGGAAGAGGUCCAACAGCCUCGGUGCCCUCAUUACCACCCAGCCAUUUUCUUUCAAACAAAAAAAAAAAAUUGUCAAUAAUAAUAAUAAUAAUAAAAAAAAAAAAUUCAAUAAAAGUGAGAUCUGAUGAGAGCUCUUACCGUACAUGUAUAGCGGCAGUUGUGAAAACUGAGUGCCAGUGGGGUCUAUCUCCGCUUGCCAGCGCCUGACCCGGUUGCCGUGAUUGUUGAACCAGCAGUGCACGUUGUAUUCGCUGGCAUCUCCGUAGGUCCUUAGUCGAGACGUGAUCUCGACGACUUGCGCUCGGCUUGGAUGAGUGACCCCAUAGUUGAAGAUGUUGGUCAUCAUCUUGACCUGAUCAUCUGUUGGACGCCACCGCUGGCUGGUGUAUCUCUCGAUUUCCAUCUCGCUCAUCAUAUUCUAAAACAUAAAAAAAAAAACAAUAAAAAAUAAAAAAAUAAAAAAAAAAACAGAAAAAUAAAAGGCAUAAAAAAAAAUUAGACUAGUUCUGUGUUUUCUUUAUUUGUUCUUGUUUCCUUUUAGAUUUAUUUUGUCUAGUCUGUAUUUGAAGUUUUAGUGUCUGGUCUCAGAUCUGUUUCACGGUCCUUGCAAAAGGGUCCUAAACGGAUCUACGUCCAGUUGUCCAGUUGUCCUUGUCCAUAUUGUUCUUGUAUAUUAUGUUUCUGUGUUUAUUUUGUUUUAAGUGGGGUACGUGGCGUUGUUCUACCCGAUUGUCUCUGCCAUACCUUCAAACGAAGGGAGAUUAACGUCUGGUUUCCAGCCGAUAUACCCCUUAAAUUUUAAGACAAUUGUGUUUUAUGUGUUUUAAGUGUUUUUCUUUUUGUUUAGAAAAAAAAUUGAAAAGGAGAAGAAGGAAAGCAGGAAAUGGAAAAUAAAAGGCAGAAAGAAAAGAAGAACGAAGAAAAGGAAAGCAUAAAAGAAGAUAGAUCGGGCAGGGGGAGAGGACAAGCUGAAUAUAAAAAAAUAAAAAAUAAAUAAAGCAGGAAAAGGGAGCAGGCAAGAGGUCAGAGAAGAAAAAAUGGAAAGCAGGAAAGCAGGAUGGUAAUAACAGCAGAAAAAGCAGAAAGAAAGGAAAGAAGGAAGGUGUCGAGGACUUACCUGGAGAAGUAGGCUGGCAGAGAAGCUCCUCGCGGAUCUCAGACUCUCCAGACGGCGCGGUGGCAGAGGCUCCGCACAGCUCCAGACGCUCAGAGAAAGGGAAGAGAGGAGUAGAGAGGAGGAGAGAGGAUUAGAGAGAAGAGAGGAGUAGAGAGAGAGCAGGGAAGUCAGAAAUGUUACUCGACGCAGAGGAGGUACCCUUUUAUAACCAAAAAUUCUGUCACUGUAGCAACAGUUUCGGUCAUUACCACCGAAACUGUUGUCACAGUGCCGGUCAUCUCCUUUUUCUGAAAAAAAAAAAAUUAAAAAAAUUAAAAAAAAAAAAAUUUAGCAUCUACUGAUGGAUGCUAGGUGAUUUAGACAUCUGCUGAUGGAUGUCAUUGACAACAUCUACUGAUGGAUGUUAUUGAAAAAUUUCUUCCCUUUUUCCUACUUUUUAUUGCACUUGUCUAUAUUAUUUGACUGCUCUGAAAUUGAUAAUCUGAUGAUUGUUACACACUGAGGACAUUGUGUGAUUUAAGUGUGGUCUACUGGGAAGAAAUUCUGAUUAUUCUGUUAUUUCUGUUAGUUUCUGUUAGUAAGUAUUUUGUGUGUUAAAUUUUUUGUUUUUGUGUGCUAAUUUUUUUUUCUGUUUUAAGUUGUUUUAGUGUGUCUUGAGUGCAAUAAAUUUUACAUUUUUCUCUUGAUUUCUGGAUUAUCUAAGUUGUAGAUUUUUCCUUCACUUACUUACUACUUAUAGAUUGUAAUCCUUGCUUUUCUUUGCUUGGAAAGAUGAUUAUACGUUUGAGAGGUUGAUUUGAUUGUGACGAAUACCCUGUGUGAGAUUUGAGCCACUUAAUUUUCUUUCUUGUGUGUGAUAUGUAUCUUGAAUGCUUGCACAUAUGCCUUGGCUUGAUUCUUUUUGAUAUACUUGAUUGAUAUGCAUGUUCAGACGUGAUAAAGGCAUUUUUAUUCUUGAGCCUCUUUAGCCAAAUAAGCCUACCUUGUUAUUAUCCUUUGAUACCCCGUUUGAGCCUAUAUUGUAUUCAUUUCUUUGUUUAAAGCUCAUACACUGAUCCUAAGUGAAAAACAAAUGAUUACCUUAACCUUAGGAAGGUCUGGAGCUAUAGAAGUAUUUUGUGAAUAAGUGUGGUCUCCUUGGGAAUUCUGAUGAAUUGGCUAGUUGGUUCCUCAUCAUGUUUUGAAAUGAAAAUUUAUAUCCUGUUGUGUGAUAAAAAAAGAAAAAAAAAGAGACAGGAUAAAAAAAAAUGAUGAGAAAAAGAGAAAAAUUGAAAAAUAAUUUUGUGAAUAAUGGAGUCGAGAAGAGGAUUGAAUUAGAGGUUUGGGUGGGAUUUCACUGUGUUUACAUUUUUUCCCUAGUGCACCUCUAUUUCUUCUGAGCUAUAGCUACUUAUCCAAAUUUAUCCUCCCCUGUCCUUGGCCCCAUUUCAACCCUGAAAGACCUUUAGAUCUGAACAUGUGUAUGUUUUAAGUGUUGAUAUUAGAAGCUUGCCAAGUCUGCUUGUGUUUGUUUUCUUGAGUGCAUUGAGUUGAAAUUAUUUACCCUAGACACUUGAGAGAAACACUGUGAGUGCAUCUGUGAGGUUUUGUUAUUUUUAAAUCACCUCUUAAACUUAUUAAUUAUUUUUCCAUACUUUGAAUUGCUUGGAUGAUUUCUAUGAGUAUCUGCUUUUCUUGACUAUGUGUUGGAUAUUAUCUACUUCUUUUAUCUGUCCAGAAUUCUUGAGAAUUGUGUAAAUUCUGUUUAUUUCUCUUGUGAGUCUUUGUUUUCUGUAUGCUGCAUUUGUGUCAGUCCUUUGAUGUCCUUUGAACUAUUCCCUGAUUUUAGUCUUGAUUUUGCCCAGGAGUGCAAAAGAUUAAGUGUGGUCUAUUUUGAUGAGUCCAUAUUUUCUACACUUCACUUAGUUUAUUGUGCUAGAAUUAAUCAGGGAAUUGUGCUUAUUUGUCCAGUAUUUUCCCAUUUUACUGAAUUGAGCUUAAUCCGAUCAGAAAUUCUUAUUUUAAUUAAUUUGAAUUAUCUGAGACUAAUUAUUUACAUUAUUGAGUGCAGGGAAAAUUCUGUAAAUAUUUUAGGACAUUUGGAAGAAUAUUCAUUUUUACAUUGUGUUAUUCAAUUGAAAGAAGAUACACUACAUUGAUUUAUUUUGUGUGUUUGAAGUGAAUAAUAAAUGAAGCUUGAAGAGGUUUUGGUUUUCUUGGUUCUUUGCUGGAAGAAUAAUAGCACGGCUCUUGUGGUUUCACGGCCAAUUCAUUUUGACAAGCCAAUACAUUGGAAUUCAUGAUGCACACACGAAAGUGCUUGCUCCACGGUGCACACGUCAAACCCAAAAAUUGGCAAGCAACCAAUAUUUGUUUGAAAUAAAAAUGGAGGGGCCACCACUCACGGUUUUGUUCCCCAUUCAGUUCUUUAUCUUGGCAUUUAGUUGAUUUCCUUGGGAGCAUAUCAUGGUCCGAGUUCAAAAAACAUACAAAUCCAAUUAAUCUGAAAAGAAGCAUGAGACAAAAGUAUGGGCUCCACCGAAGAAUAUUAUUCCCAAAGAUGACACAAGAGGUGAAGGAUUGCCUGCACAAGACAGCAAGAAUUCUCGGUCAUACACACACAUGUAAGAGCAUUCAACAAAGAAGGUGGAAGUCACGGUCUUGGCUGGGACAUGGCAGCAGCUGUCUUCACCAACAUCCAACUCUAGUACUCAACACGGUCCAGCACCUUGUAGUAAUGUCUAGCAGCUCUUCACAUCCAGCUUGGGAGAUUUCAUGGCUGGAAACAACUCCAUCACCGUCCAAAUCCAGCAGCUAUGGAUUGUAACUUGAGACAGCAGCUGCCACCGUCAAGCAAGACUUCCGCAUCCAGUAGGAGUUCAUCUCCAAGCAGCAACAGUGAUGGUCGUUGAAGAGAAGAAGGAAUUGUGAUCAAGCACUCCUUCGGUCAAGCAACUCCACCCAUCCGACAGCAGUAGCAACUUCCAUCUAGACAGCAGCUUGGAAGCUUCACGGUUCCAGCAGUAAAAGCUUGUCCAGCACGUCCAGAGGAACACGUUGAAGGCAAGAAGAGAAGCAAACACACUACAACAGCAUUCUUCAAUGCAGCAGACGCUCACGUCCAGGGGCAGCUCUCGGUCCAGUUUCACCAUACCAGCAGGAUUACAGGAUGCUGCACGGCCUGGAUGGUGUCACGGUGCAGCAAAGAGAACGGAGAUGAUGAGAGCAUCCAACAAGUCUUGCAUCCAUUGGAGACCAACACAGCCACGUCCAUACGCCAGGAAGAAGAAACACGGCUGAUUCCAGCAGCUUUGGAAGAACUCACGGCCCUUGAGGAGUUGCGUCCAGUAGUGGAAGCAGCUGAAAGGUGUCCAGCAAGGAAGCACUCACGUUAAUAGUGGAGGAACCUCUUUGCUUUCAUUCACUGCAUGAUGACAUGCAAGCACCCAUCCAUGUUGAAGGCAUCUCUCGGGUUUUUUAUUCCAGCCACCAUCAACAAGUUAUUUUCUUAUGGAAAAGAGGGGCCACUUUCAAACAAUGAGCUCACGGUUAAAUGGCCUAGGGGCAAUAAAAGAGUCAAUCUGGAAAAGGUAAUAGAAUCAAAAGGGACCACCAUUUUCUGAAAGUUCACGUAAAGAAGAGGAGGAAAGUGGAGUUGAUGGCUUGGCAAUUCUCACAAGGAAGGGAGUUCACGGGAAGGAUUAUGAACAGAGAAGUCACGGGAGGCCCUGAGUUUUGCUAUAAAUUGGCAGCAACAAAGCAGAGAAUGUAUUAGUUUUAGGAGUAGGUUUAGGUUACGUUCUUGCUUGGUUUUCUCCUCCCCUUUGGGGAGGUUUUAUGAUUUGAUUCAAUUUGCAUUUUCCAGUAGCAAGCUCUCUCAGUUCCAUUUUCAAACAGUGCAAAAUGUAGUUUUCAUUUCUGAAGCUUGUACCCUUUGCUCGUUUCAUUUUAGUUGCAGAAGGAUUUUAAUUUAAGUGUUAAAUCUUUGAUGAAAGUCCAUUUUAAGUGUUUUUAUUUUACCUCUUUUAUUUUAUCGUUUAUCGUUUUCUACACCGUUAAAUUCUGUCAUUUUGUUUG